UGCAGGGAAGACACAGCCUUGAGAAGGUGGGUGGUUUAUAUAAAUUACAUAACACAGCAGAAGGCUCGGGUCUGUGCACUGCCCUGGGCAUCACAGGAGCCCUCACUAGAGGACCUGUGUGCUUUGUGUGGAUGGCGGUCAGAGGGUAUCUGAAGGCAAGUGGCCUUUUACCUUUCAGUGUUAUGUCCCCACCCCCCUCCCAACAAUGAAAAACUAGUAAGCCCUAUCCUCAAGAAGCUCCCAGCACGUCUGGCGAGUGCACACAGAUGUAGACAGAAAGAGAAACACUGCAUGGUUCCUGAGUUUUAUGGCUAUGGGGAGGAGGUGGGUCUGGAAAUGAGGGGUGGCGUUUAUUUAGAAGCAGGUAAGACAGUUCACAAGAAAAACAGGUAGUUCUCAGGAACCGGGGGGAGGUGUAGGGCACUCACUGCUAACUUCCUGCAUCUGUGUAUUCCUGGAUACCCCCCAGUAGGAGAGAGAGCCAGGCUGAAGAACUUGACCAGGAGCUAGCCAGGGGCCUCUGAGGGCUUUCCAGUAGGAGAGAGGUGAUUCAGAUGCUGUCUGCGGGUGGUACGUGGUACAACUGACACAAAUAGGGAGCUCCUCUAGGGGAGUGGGAAAGGCAGUGGUAGUAUUCAUUGUGCUGUGGUCAGGAUCACAUGAGAGGCCAGAAGGUGGUAAAAGAAGUUGCUGAAAGCCAAAUACCAAAGCCAAGAUUGAGAGGAUUUGGAGGUGGGGGUGAGACUGAAGGCAAGAAGAAGAAUUAACCCAUUCCAACUUCUAACAAAAGGAAAGACCAGUCACCUCCAUCCUGGACACAAGCAGCAGCUAGACCAGCCCCUUUCUGAAUGCAGCCUCAGCUCAGAUCCACUUGUAACUGGUGUUUGGAGAAAUAACAGAGAGUAAACAUUUAUUGUGUGCCUGCUCUGUGCUAGGUGAACUAGAAGUUUUGCAUUCAACAAGUCAUUUACUGUUCACAAAACCUCUCGGUAACAGGAGUAGUUGCUUCAUUUUAUUGAUGAUGAACUGAGGUUUAGUUGAGACACUUGCCCAAGGCACAAGGUGAAGUGCAAGAGCUGGGAUUAGCAGUCCUGACCCCAGGGCCACUGUGCAGCCCCGCACCCCAGCCUCACACCCUGCUCCUCCGAGCUCCUGUCAGACAAGGAUGGACAAGGACCUCAACGUGGUGCAGGAUCCAUUUCCUGCAGAAGAACCAUCUACAUGUGGACUUGAUACACUCCCUUUUAAGAAGCGUUGAAGCUACAAGAUAUAAUGACGAUGGAUGCUGGGUUCUGUGCUUGGGACCAUCUGAGACAAAGUUUACAGAAAGGUUCACUGUAACUUCAGCUGCAUUGAUAGAAAUGAGUAUCUAGACCGUCCAGAUCAAAACCUGCUCUAAGCUGCCUACCCAGAGUAUUAGCUGGUUUCCAGAUGCCUUGCUUUAAAGAAGGGAGGGAUGCUUCCCUUUGAACAAAAAAAGACUCUAGAGUGAGAGAAUGAAAUCUGUCUUCAAACAUGUGAAAGGCAUGAAAGAGGAGAGAUGUUCUGUGAGAGGAGGGCAAACUGGGACCCCUGGUGGAGGCCACAGGGAGGUGAAAGCCAGCUAGGUGCAAGGAUGAAUCUGUCUGAAGACCAUCUCAGGAGGCGGUAAGUUCCCUGGGACUCGGAUGUGCGAGGAUAAUAGCUGACACUGUGAUGGCAUUUGCGCUGUGUCGGAUCCUGUUCUGAGUUCCCUUCAAUGUUGCCAUGUAUUAGGUGAAGAAACUGCAGUUUAGAGAGCUGAGCAUCUUGCCCAAGGCUGACUCACAGGCCCGUUGUGUCGUGGUCCCUCCCCACCACAGGCUAGAGAACCAUGUUGGUGAGGGUGCUGAGGGAGAGACUCCAGGAUCAGAAGGGAAGCUGCACCAGAUGACUUUGAAGGAACGCUUCCUGGGAGGCAGUGAUUGAUUUUUCCUAAGGCGGGAUUCUAGGCACCUGUCCCAGUAAGUCAGAGCGAGAGCCAGGCAGAGGCUGGACUGACUAGAAGGAGGUGGACAAAAUGCUAGUCCAGCCCCAGUAUCCUGCCCCUGCCUUUCUGGGACUCUGUGGAGUCAGGACUUCUAUCCACCCUACCCUUCAAAGAGCUCUGUUCCAGAAGGAAAUGGCCAGGCCUGACAGUGCAGAGCCGUGACCACAGGGUGGCAGCAGCGCCUCGGCAGCCGAGGGCGGCCCUGUCGGCCGAAGGGAGGCAGGCCCUACGCGGCGCUGAUGAACGUGGGGUCUGUCUACAAACAUUUGAAGCGGUCUUCACUUUCUGGGGGCUCUAAAACCAUUUAGUUUCUUUCUGUAGCUCACUUUUUUAUCCACAGGCAAAUCUCAGAGCAGUGAUUCCAUUUUUAACCCUCCAAGAGGCAGGUACGCAUGGAUGUGAAUGGGCUGGUUGGCCCUGACUGCAGCCUCGGAGGGGAGGGCCCGGGUUGGGGCUUCCUGACCAACUCUGACCCUGGCUUUUCCCUUUCCUUCCCAGGACAUGAUGCCUAGCCUGGCAGGACUUUAUGCUUUCAUUCUACAAGUUAGGAAAGAGAGGAGGUGAUCGAUUAGAGCUCUCCAACCUGUUGAGGGAUUGGGAGAACUUGAAGGCCCUCCAGGACCUGGCUUUGACAAAGCAUCUGCAAUUAAUGCUUCUUCUUGAGCUCUGGAGACAGGAUUUAUGCAUCUAAUAAAGUCUGUAACUCCAGGCUUAGGGGCUGGGACCGAAGGCUGAGAGCAGGAAGUCCCGGGGGUGGGGGCAGGGGGAUCUCAGGCGGCUCCUAACGGAGCAGUGCAUUUCCACUGCCAGCUCUAGAUCCCCCCUCAGGCUGCUGUCGGCGGGUGAGGAAUAGGGGAGCAGCAGGUAUAAGAGGCGGCUGUGGCCACAGGAAGGCAGCUGGCAGUAUGGACUUCACGCAGACAGCAGUGCUGCUGGUGGUACUGCUGUUAGUAACGGACUGGGGCCACGCUGAAGGACCAGGGGGCCCGGAUGAAGGACACCAGAUCUUCACGGAGGAAGAUAGUGGAGCCCGCCCAUUGCAGGAUGCCCAGAUCCCUGGGUCACUCUUGCAGUCCCUGCUCCAGGCCAUGCAGAGAACCAGCCGGAGUCCAGCCUUCCUGUUUCAACCUCAAAGGUUUGGCAGAAACACCUGGGGCUUCUGGAGCAACAAACGGCUGAGUCCCCGAGCUGUGGAGGGGCUGAGCUCCCCAUUCUGGAGCCUGGCUGCCCCGCAGCGCUUUGGGAAGAAGUAACAAACAUGUCAUCCUUUGAUGUUUGCAUGCAAGGCCCACACUCAAAAGUGCCCGUGUAUCCCCUCAAAUAAAACUGUCUGGCUUCUGAAUCAGUG